UUCCUUAUGAAAAUUUUUGCCGCAAUCGUUCGGCGUAUCUUUGAAGUAUAGAAGAAGCUCUAACAACGAAUCUCGGAAGCCUCAGCAUAGCAGUGUGUUCAACUUCGAAAUGGAUAAUUCUAAAUCGGACAAAGUGAAAUUCUUCCCGAUUUAUAUUGUGGAUGCAUUUACGAAACAUCCCUUUUGUGGAAAUCCCGCUGCGGUGUGUCUUUUGCCAUUCGAUGAUGAUGCUGAUAAUGAUAUAAAGCAAAGAAUUGCUUCUGAAAUGAAUCUUUCAGAAACUGCUUUUUUGAAACCAAUAAUGGAAAGUGAUACUUUUCAAAGUGGUAAACGUUUUUCUCUGGAUUGGUUCACUCCACUUUGCCAGGUGCCUUUAUGCGGCCAUGCCACAUUAGCCUCUGCUGCUGUUUUGUUUAUGGAAUAUGCUUCAAAAUGCCGUGUGGCUCCUCUAAAGCCAUUAUCCCUUCCACGUUUGGAAUUAAUGGGUGCGUUACUUGCUGCGAGAUUGGCAAAAGAAGUAUCAAGAGUCCUCAGUGAGAAAAUACCAGCAACCAACCACUUUUGGACAGAUUCCACUAUAGCCUUGAGUUGGAUUCAAGGUUCCAGCAGCAGAUGGAAAGUCUUUGUCGCCAACCGUGUGAAGGAAAUACAAUCCUUGACAAACAAAGAUAUGUGGCACCAUUGUCCUGGAAAGGACAAUCCAUCUGAUCUUCUUACGAGAGGCAUCAGCGCCGACUCACUGUUGAACUGUGAGAAGUGGUGGAAUGGACCGAGUUUCCUACAUGAAGAAAACAUUGUCGCUAAAAAUGAUGACGUGAUACUUAGUGAUGACAGUGUGUGUCAGGAAGAACUAAAAUCGUCUGAGAGAAAAGCUUUGGCUGUGACUUUGGACAAUAGUUUUUUGAACAAAAUUCUUUCUGUAUCUAAUAAUUUCCAAAAAAUUUUAUGUGUUCUUAGUUAUAUUUACAGGUUCAUCGAUAAUUGUAAGCAACCAUUUAACAAACAAAUUGGACCAUUGAAGAUAUCCGAAGUCCAACGAGCGGAAACUACGCUUGUGAAGUUGGUGCAACAGGUAGAAUUUGAAUCAGAAUUAAAGGACUUGUCCACUAAGGGUAUGGUUAGCCCUCAAAGUAAGAUAAAAAAUCUCUCUCCAUUUCUAGACUCUGAAAAGGUACUAAGAGCAGGAGGUAGACUGGCACAUAGUAAUUUAAAUUAUGACAAAAAACACCAAAUAAUUCUUCCUAAGAAUCACAAGUUAACUAAUUUGAUUCUUGAAUUGACUCACAAGAGACAAUUGCAUGUAGGUCCACAAACUUUAUUGUCUAUUGUUAGACAGAGAUUCUGGCCCUUAAAUGGUCGUAAUAUGUGCAGGAAAUUAGUUAAUAACUGUACAAUUUGUUUUAAAGCAAAACCCGUUACUUGUUCACAAAUUAUGGGUCAAUUGCCAACCGAGAGAAUUUCUCAAAAUUUUCCUUUUAACAAAGUGGGAGUAGAUUUCUGUGGGCAUUUCUGGAUUAAAUAUCCUAAUCAAAGAAAAGGUGUUUUCAAUAAAGUUUACGUGUGUGUUUUCGUGUGCAUGGUCACAAAAGCAUGUCACCUUGAAUUAGUUUCAGAUCUAACUAGCGAAGCCUUCAUUGCGGCUUUAAAACGAUUUUUUAGUAGAAGAGGAAAAUCUGAACAUAUAUUUUCAGACAAUGCUUCCAACUUUGUAGGCACACAAUUAGAGUUAAAGAGACUGAGAAAAAUUCUGAGUAAUAGUAACAAUAAUAUGAGUAAAUUUUUGUGUGAUGAACGUGUUGAGGGGAGUUUCAUUCCACCAAGAGCACCAAAUCAUGGAGGCCUCUGGGAGGCUGGAGUCAAGGCCGUCAAAUAUCAUAUAAAGCGAAUUAUGGGUAAUUUAAGAUUCACUUAUGAAGAAUUUUUAACGAUUCUUAACCAGAUUGAGGGAAUUCUCAACUCACGUCCCCUCUACCCUUUAUCAUGUGACCCUAAAGAUUUUGAUGUUUUGACUCCUGGUCAUUUCCUUGUUGGUCGUCCGAUUUCAGCAAUUGUUGAACCGAGUUUAACUGAACUGCCUGAUAACAGGUUAAAGGUAUGGCAAAAACUAACAAAAAUUGUACAACAGAUUUGGAAACGUUGGUCAAAUAACUACCUAAGUACACUUCAAAAUCGAAAUAAAUGGUUUUUUGAGAAAAAUAAUGUAAAAAUAAAUGAUAUGGUAAUUUUGAAAGAAGAAAAUUUGUCUGUGUGUAACUGGCCUCUUGGUCGAAUUCUUGAAGUGUAUUAUGGUAAAGAUAAUAAAAUCAGAGUAGUGUUAGUGAAAACUAAAAAUGGAGUUUUUAAACGUCCUGAUACUAAAAUUUGUAUUUUACCCAUCCCAAAUGAGUAAUUUGUGCGAAAAUUUCUCUUUAUGUUAUGAUCACUGGUUGUUCUUGAGUAUUAUACUUGUUACCUUUUGUGUGAAUUCAACUGUGUAUAUUUGAUAAAUUGAGUAUUUCUUGUUUUUGCAAUGUUGUAUACUGUUUAUUGUAUUAAGUGGUAUGUGUUCAUUUGUAUUGUUGUUGUUUACUUUUAAGUUUUUGAAUGUAUCAUUCAACCCGGGGGUGGAUGUUCGGUGUUGUGAAAUGAUUGUAUGGUGGCGCCCCCAAAGUGAACCGAAAAUAAUUCUGUAACGCGAGAGUGGCUGUGUAGAGAGAGAGAGAGAGAGAGAGAGUGUGGAAAGCACGCGAAUAAAAUGGAGUUGUUCUAAAGUCUCUGCCAUCUGAUUUGUGUUGUGAGUUACAUUAAAUGUGUGCGUAGAACUGGCGAAAUAACACUAUAAAAUUUUGAACGAAAUCCAUUCCGAGGAAGAUUUACUAUCCGAGUAUACAAGUAAAAUUGAAAAUUAGAAAGCGCAGAUUGUUAAAGAAAUAAAAUUUUACAUUGGUUUAGAGUCUCAAAUGUAUAUACGUACGGAAGUUUCAGCCAAAUCUCUUAACGUGGUGAUCGUCUGUCGGUCUUUAUUUCGCAUGCACGUAUGCGCAGUAACUGAAAUACGAUAUAACUUAAAUAAAUGAAAUUCGGAAUGUGAUCCCGGGACUGUAGUUGUUGCUUUGCGUCAAAUUUUGAUUUCAAUCGGUCAGAAAAAAAGGCGUUAAAAAUAAUAUUCGUACGAUUAAUUGAAUAAAAAAUGCAAAAAUCAAAGUAAAAUAUCAAUAUUUUGUAACUGUUAUUUACUAAUGCCAUCCAUAGCAUUUGCGGCCUUAUUCUUGGUCCACAAUUUUAUAUUAGUAGAAGCGGAUAUGUCUUUUAUAGAAUUAAGGGGGAGCUCAGGAAAAGAAAUUUACAGUUAUUUUAAAUGGAUGCCAGUCAAUAACCUUUAAUCUUGGUGAAAAAUUUGAUGAUAAGAAAAGAAAAAAAGAAUGUAGGAAUUUUGGUGAUAUCUCUAUUUGAAAUGGGGAUCAAAAUAUUCUUCGUGAAGAUUCUAUUCUCUUUUAGAAUACCAAUAUAAAUUCUCUUUUGAGCGAAAACGAAUUACUCAUUUGCUAUCAAUAAUUUAACAAUUAUAGAUGGAUAUCAGGCCAAGGUAUUAGUUUUUCAUCCCUUAAUUGAUUUUAAAAAGUAGCGUUAAAGCACUAACAUUCUAUCGCCAAAGUAUCCCCUAAAGCCUUAUUCCCAUGGACCGUAGUUCAGAGGUCUAAACCAUAAUGCUCCAUAUUUUCCAUUAUGGCAAUGACAAGAUCCGUAGUUGCACAUGAUGACCUGUUGUGGUGAGUUCUUUCUGGCGAAAUAUCGGUGAAUGCUUAUGCAUCAGAGGCCAGCGAGGCUAGUUGACAAUAUAAGAGGCCAGCUGACAAACUACAGUAUCGCGCGAAGUAUACUAUGAAUGUAUACAACGGGAACGCUGCCACUUGUUGAAUUCCGACAUACACCAUGGGCUAAUUAAAUCACUGGUCAUGGGAACAAGGCUUUAAGGCUAGCGUCCGGGAUAUCUACACCUCAUCUUUCUGCCACUGUAUUAAUUUUUUUGAUUCUUGCAGAAACUUUAUUGCAAUAGAAUUUUACUGCACCAUACAUUUUGAAAAUUACUAAACGUGGCAAGAUUAGUUGAAAGUCAGCUUACGUAUAAGACAUUAAUUUGUUUUUCAAGCUUAAAUAUGAAUCAUUUGCGAGCGGACUGAUAAAUUACUUAGUUUCUAACUUUUAAAAAUUUUUAUUGUAUUAAAAUAAUAACAUUGAAUUUUAUAUUAAAGAAUAUUUUUUAACAUGUUUUAAUCAGUAUUUAUUCUAUUUGUGUUACCCGUUAGAUAGUUGUUAAAGUUUUUACAACUUUUGAAAAAAAAAUAUUUUUUAUUCCCGCAUGCUGAUUUUACGAGAAAAGAAAUCUGCAGUUUGUAUAUUUUUUGAUAAGUGUUAAUAAAGAUAUUUGUUGUAGCAAAUUUAUCUCAUAUUCCUUUAAUUUGACCUUUUCAGGCAAUGAAUCAGAGAUCUU